AAAAAAAAUCUCAUGGAAAGAGGAAGUUCGUUACUGAAUCUCUGUGAAACUGGCUCCUUAGCAAUGCAGUGGGUUUUAACGUGGGCGAGAGCACGCUGAUAUAUGGAGAUGUUGGACGGGAGGCGGCGGAUGAUCCGCGAAUGGGAAACAGGCUCCAUGGAGGACGAGGGCUGCUGCUGCUGCUGCUCCGGAGUAGGAGAAGAAGGAGAGUCAGGAUUACAUCGGCAAAACACUGUAUUCCAUUUUCUCCGCCAGCAAGAGACACGACUACGGCGAAUGGCCCAGUUUUUAGCCGUGGCGCUCCUACUACUGGUUGCACUAGUUGUGGCUUUGCUGACCACGGUUGUGCUGGGAGGGCGAUGUCAUCACCAGUCAGCGGACAGCCAUGGCCAGCUGAUGAAGCAGCGCGAAAGCUCAACAGUGGUCAGCGGUGGACAGCAGCAACAGAAAGACUUCGAGAAUCCAAGUGCCAUGCUAACAGCUCCUAGAGGCGACAACUUUGAUGGGAAAUAUCUUAAAUGGGAGAGUAUCAUUGGAAAUGCCUUUUGUCAUGGAGGUUUCAACUACUCCAGUGGGAACCUUGUAGUGCCCAGGCAGGGCCUCUACAGCGUCUUCCUGCAGAUCACCUAUGAGAGCAUGGAAGACUUCUUGUGUCCCAGUGAGGAGCUGAGACUCAAAAACGAGGUGGUCGUUAUCUCGGAUAAUUACAAUAAGGAUGUGCCUCUCCUGUCAUCAGUCGACACAGUGAAUUGCACCAUGGAACAGUGGAGUAAAUCCAUCUAUACGGGCGGCUUGUUCUUCCUGGAGGCUAACAGCAGACUACGCGUGACAUCAUCAGACCUUGACCAUAUUAGUGACCUUAUUAGUAAAAAAGAAUCGCAGGUGUUCUUCGGUGCUGUGCUGCUGCAUCAGUAACCUGGUCAGACAGUUAGAACCUCCUCAAUCUGAUCUUGAAGUUGUUUGCAACUUCAUCUCUAUGGAAACUAAAGAGAAGAUACCAGUGCAGUUUUAUGGUUUUCAUUUACUACUAGUGCAUUGCCUAUUGAAAAUGUGCCUGUUCGGAACGGGCCCAUUUCCUGGCCUCUGGUAUUGCUGCUUGCAGUUUUCUCGAAAACCAUUUAUUUGAACAACCCAGGGACGUGCACAGGCAUUUGGAGGGGCUAUUGCUCUAACCUGGA